UGUAUCUAGUGGCAAUCUCUUGAGUAAGUUAGUGUCUCACGCUGGUGCGAGUAUAGCAACCUCGGCUCCUUUUGGUGAAAUUAAGUUAAACAGGGGAGAGCACUAAUUUCUGCAAGUCUCUUGGAUUUUUCAUCGUAAAUAACACCUUUAAAGUUCGAUUUCAGUAUAGAUUGUUGCAUAGUUCAUCAAGUAUUGACAGGUUGCACGGCGUUUUUAUACCUUAUUAGCGUAAAUUGACGGCUAUUUGACAACAGGUCCUUUAUCUUGGUGAAGCUUUAGGUGAGGCUACAUUCCGUUCUCUUCAAUGGACAGAAAACACCAGUAGAAGAUUACUUAAUAAGUUGUGCAGAUAUGUUGAAAACUGUUCAGCUGUUGUGAACAAUCCUCGAUACAUCAUCACGUAACUUUUUCCCAAUUGAUAGUAGAUAUUGGUCAGCGACAGGACAUGGAUCUGAGACCAGAGCUCUCCACGGCGCCAUCAGGAUCUCAGGUCCACCCUGGAGGGUCUGUCAACAUCCCUGUCUCCAUGGCCAGUAGCCUCCUGCGGGGUCCGAUGCUAUAUCGCACAACGGAGAAGUAUCCCCGCACCCCGAAGUGCGCCCGCUGCAGGAAUCAUGGCGUGGUAUCUGCGCUGAAGGGCCAUAAACGCUAUUGCCGCUGGAAGGACUGUAUGUGCGCCAAAUGCACCCUAAUCGCCGAGAGACAGCGCGUCAUGGCCGCACAAGUGGCACUCCGUAGACAACAAGCUCAGGAGGAGAACGAAGCCCGGGAGCUGCAGCUCCUGUACGGGACAGCAGAAGGGCUAGCUCUGGCGGCCGCAAACGGCAUCAUACCACCUCGUCAGAAUUAUGAGGUCUUCGGUUCUGUCAACAACGAAAGUAACUCAGAUUCAAGCAUGCAGAAGUAUGAAUUGUUUCCGAAGUCCCAAAUGUCGGGAUCAGUGACCCAGCAGCAGACGGUGGGCAAAUCGGUUUCCACUGACAGCGAACCAGGGAUCUCCUCCCCAGACGCGCGUCAUGGCUCUGGCUCUGAGAAUGGAGACGGAGAGUCGUUCAUCAGCUCUCCUGUCUCCAAGGCUCUGAAAGACGGAGAGGACACCCCGGGUUCGAUUAGCCCCCUAGGUUCUGACUCGGGUUCGGAGACCGACAAAGAUGAUCAAGAACCCUCCCCCUCCUCGGCCGUCUCCAGGCAAAUGAACCCCAUCGACAUCCUGACCAGAGUGUUCCCCAGCCACAAGCGCAGUGUUCUGGAACUGGUUCUACAAGGCUGCGGGAAAGACGUGGUGCAGGCCAUCGAGCAAAUUCUCAACAACAGUGGACAAGCCAAGGCCCCCGAGCAGGUGUGGACAGCAGAACGCAUACUCCAGAGCGCACAGCCUCCCCUCUCCUCCACUCCAAGGCCCAUGUUACCGGGAGCCAUGACGCUGAGCAACCGCUCUGCCUUCUCCCCACUGCAGCCAAACGCGACACAUUUUGGCGCUGAUCCCAGCACCUACCCCCUGAGCACCCAUCUGGGACUAAACCCCUUGCGUCUGGCCUACUCGGCCCACAGCAGAGGGCUCACCUUCAUGACACCUUACUCCACCACGGGGUUGAUGCCAACUCUGGGCUUCAGACCGCCCAUGGACUACGCAUUCAGUGACCUCAUACGGGACAGGACACUCUUGCACAAGGACCAGGGGUACACCAAUGGGCUGUACAGGCCCCUCGGCAACAACAACACAGACAAACCGUGAGACUGAGAAUGUACAAUGUGUCAUUAACUCAGUCGUGUUGGGACUAUGAUUCAAGUGGACACAUUCAUAGAGGGACAAUGUCUUUGUAGCCACAAGUGUUGAAUGUUAUGGAGAGAUCAGUAACGUGUUUGGCUAUUGCACUGCUGUACACAAUGCUUUGCUUUUAGUUGGUUUACUUGCCCAAAAUGGCAUGAGAAACCAAGCUCACUUAUAAAUAACGCUGUUUUCUUAGAGAUAGCCUAUUAUUCCUUAAACAUAUGUCUUGCUAGAAAUCCCCCGCCAAGUGUGUAACCUGAAAAUAUCUAGUCAAUUAAAGUAUUUUGUCUGAAAACAUUACUAAAGCGGUUGCAAUUCCCGAAAAAUGGACAGGCAAACUAUUCAUCACACCAUAAUGUUUGCAGUAGCAUAAUAAUGGAGUGCAUAUAUGGAGAAGAUACAAAUUAUAACUUCGAUAUGAUUCCUGUAAAUUGUGGGGUUUUGAGAUUGGUCGCAACCCAAUAUCACUUUAAAACAAAUGUGUUGUUGGAUGAUCCUGGUGCAAUUGUUACUUUUACCUUUUCAUUCCGAGUAAUUUUUUUCUGGAUGAAAACAUCCAACCUUACUAACGAAUUUUUGCUCACUCUUUUAUAGUAGCCUACAUCCAUGCUUAACAAAUGUUUAAGUGGGGUGUCUUAAAUUAUUACCAUAACGUGUAAAUUACUGACGUUGAACAUUUAAAAUCGGAAGCUUAAUUGUAAAACUAUUGAUGUAUUGGCAUUCCUUCCCUGACUUUGUUUUGAUUGUUUUCUCCAACAGUACAGUGUGUAUUUAAUUACAGUUAAGAUUAUUAUAUUACAGUUGACUUUACCUGUGUACUUGACCCAGCAUUUAUCAGCUACAACCCUUUUUCUCUAUUUUGUGAAAUAGCAUUUUUUUGUGCUGAAAAUAUUUCUUUUCUGUCACAAGCUGUACCUUCACGUGAAAUUG